UUCGGUAUUUCUUUUUAUGUACCAAUGUAGUUGUCUUUAAUUUACGAAGUUAAAUUAAAGAAAUUAAACACUUUUACAAUUAAAUAGCUUAUUUUACAGCAUUAUCACGUAUUAUUAUUAAAUCCAAUGAAUAUAUGGCAGGCAUUGCUCAUGGCGAUGUGUUUUGGUCGUUGACGUUUUCUCAAUAAUUGUUUGAUUGUUGUCAAAGUACUCUUUAUGAUACAAUGUAUGCAUUAUCGUUGUUGCUAUAUAUUUUUCAAUAAUUAAUGUGUAAUACCAGAUAAUGUCAGUGUCAUCCUUCAGACCUGAUUCUCACCCGAAAAUGGCAAAGGAAAACAAGAAGACUAAUGUUUGCAGAGAUUAUGUAAGGAAUGUUUGUACGCGCGGAUCAAAUUGUAAAUAUAUUCAUCCUCUAAAGUAUGUUUUUUGUUGGGAUUAUCAAAAUGGCAAGUGCAAACGGUCAGGAUGUGCAUUUAUACACUGUAGUAGAGAAGAUGAAGAACAUUAUAAUCUAUUUGGUGAGUUACCUCCACAUCUUUUAGAAUUACCACAGAUGCAAAGUGAUUUUCACAGAGGAAAUGAUAACAGAAAUACUAUGUGCAAAUGUAGAUCGAACAUUCAAGGCCCCCCUACAAUUGAAUUGGAUUUGGAACCUCUGCAAAAACGUAGACGUUUUCAACAUGAAACAUUUCUGGUUCCUGAAAAACCAUGGACUUUGGAGGAUGAAAAUGCCUAUCUUAGAAACAUUGUCGAUUGCUUAAGGAAAAAAGUAGAUGAUUUACAAGCGACCAAUGAAUUCCUUCUAGAACAGAAUGCUCAAAUGAGACUUAGUGAUAAGUCAGGAGCAUUGACAGCUGUCACUGUUCCCGCUGUUACAAUUACUAAUGCAGCCCAGCUUCCUCCUCAAACUAUCAGAACUGUGACUGCUUCUGUCGCUACUGUACCUGUUUCAAUUGCAGCUGUCGCUGGUACCCCUGUAUCAAUAGCAACAGUCUCCAUGGCACCAGUACAAAUCCCCGCUCCGUCCGUGACGAUGGCCCAACCUCAGGAGCAGACGACCGUUAGCCAGACACUUCUUUCAACGGCAGGUCCACUAGUUUCCUAUCCAAUAGUGGCGAGGCCUGUUUUAUCAAAUCUAACCCACUGAAGGAGCUUUUGAUAGACUUAUAAUUUUGUGUAAACAGAAAAUUUUCUCUUCAUACCAAGGAAUAUAUAAAACAAUCAAAACAUGUUAUUUCAUUAAUAUUGGUUAUCGAGGCUUUUGAAUUUAUAUUGUUGAGGCCAAGAUUUACGU